CACACUCACAGUUUGGCUUUAGUGUCUGUGAGCGUGAAGAUCAGCAAAGAUCACACCACUGACCCCUUCGUCUCCGUGUCUCCCCUUCAAGGAUACGGGCUGCACAGCAGGGACACAACGACAGGAGUCAUGGACCUGGGAAAGAAGCUCAGCACUCCCAAGGACAUCAUGCUGGAGGAGCUGUCGCUGCUCUCCAACAGAGGUUCUCGGCUUUUCAAAAUGAGACAGAGGAGGUCUGAGAAGUACACAUUUGAAAGCAUUCAAAACGAAGCAAACGCUCUCCUGAAUAAUGAUAUUUUGAAUCAGAACACACACUCUGUGGAAAUUAAGGUGGAGCCACCGCCAAAUGGAAGCGCUGAAAAUUCAGCUUCAGACAUGGCUGCAGAGAAGCUGGACACCAGGCCUGUGCAUAAGACUUAUCACUCACCGUGGGAACAGGUGAUCCUUAGUGACCCCCACCUUGCUGAGUCUCUGCAACUCACAAUGCCAGAGCCAGAGCCGCGGCAGGAGCUCCCUGAAUAUAAAUGCUUCAACCGGGUUGCCACUCCUUAUGGUGGUUUUGAAAAAGCUCCAAGAGGAAUCACAUUCAAGCUCCCUGAGGUGGACCUGAACCCGCCGCAGUACCAGGAGCUGAGCGAUCCCCAGGCCAAGCGGCCCACGUUCAACAGGACAGCCCAGGGGUGGAUAUCUGAGGGCACUCAUCUCAUCCUACCAACCAUCACCCUGGAGUCCUUCAGUGUGCCUGAGUCUGACGACCUGUAGAGGACUCUGCUAGAACAUGGGAACACAACGCAGCCUUUAGUGAUUAAGAUCAACCUGCAGAAUGGAUUACAGUUAGUUUCACCACUGUAAUUUCUUUACAGCAUUUCUUUACAGUAGUAUUUAUUUUAAUGACACAUUACAAAAUUUGCAUUCAAUAUUCGUAAGUAGGCUGUAAAUAAACAAUACUCAAAUGAUAAGAUGAAUAUUUUAUGUACAUAACAUUUGCACAUUUGGAUAUAUGCUCUGUACAAUAAAGUCGUCAUUUAUCAUUUAGUGGAAGUUUUCAACGGGGGAAGUAUAUAAGAGUAUAUAAAUGCCUGUCUUCAACUAUGUCUGUUAGAUACAAUUAAGCACCAAAGCAACAUCAAAAUGUUCGGUUAAAUAUUAUUAAGAUUAAGAAGUGUUCUGAGUAAAAGCAGGACAUAUAUUUCCUAUUAUCUAGUUCAUCCAGGUCCUACAAAUCGGGUAGUGCAACCUUAAAUACAAAUUUAUUACACUAGAUGUGAUUUACUGAAAACUAAACCAAGGGUCAAAACAUGAGAAAGUAAACAGCAAUAUGAUAAAUAGCAGCCUGGUGCUGCUAAUCAAAUGCACUUCACUAUCAGAUCAACAGCAUGUGUCUAUGAAAGGAGAAGCUUUGGGGGCUGAAAAGUCUGCAGCACUCAGGCCUUUUAACACAAUGCGAGCCUGGAGUGAGGAGCAAUCUGUAAAAUAUUCGAAACAGUUUCUAGUGUCCACAGUAACAGAAACUGUCCAAGGUUCCUCUGUCAGACAAACCAGGACAUAAAAAAUGAUCAACUCCAAAGAGCUUCAUCAUAGACUCUACAGGCCUCAUUUAACAUGUUGGGUGUUGAAGUUUUGGACAAACCCAUUAGAAAACCUUUGAACAUGAACUUAGUUUUGACCUUUACUAGAACAGGUGAAAGGUCAUAUAUUAUCACACAGAUUUCUGCUAAAGUAGUUCUUUGGAUCAUGUAAUGAUGAUUUUUGUUAUGCAUUUCUUUUAAUCAGGUCAGAAAUGUUCUACUAAAUUUUAAGACCUGUUAAUCAGAUGAAUAUUUUGUGUUAACAGGCAUAAGCCCAUAAAAAAACGAUGAUGUUUUCAUCAUCAUCAUACUGUAUAUUGUAUGUACUUGAGCCAUUUUGUUGUCAUGUUCAAAACAUUGUGUGUGAGUAGUUCAAGCAGCAAUAAAGGAUAAAAUAAGUUUA